AAAAAAAAAAAGAAAAGAAAAAAGAAAAAAAAAAGGAUAAUGCGGGGGGAAAUAAUAUUAGGAAUCUUUUUUUUUUCUAGUGGAGAGAUAGCAUAAUUAUAUUAUUCAUCAUCCAUUGUAGUGGCUUAGUUUAUAUAUCGAUCUUAUUUUUUUUUUAUAAUUAUUAUUUUUUUUUUCCCUCUUUUUCAUUCAUUAGUCAUGACAGAACAAACAUUACCAACAAACGAUAAAGAGGAAACACAAAAGAUUGAAGAUGAACCUACUGUUGCAGGACCUAAAAAACACAGAAGUCAAUUCGCCAUGGAUUUUGAUAAUUUAGACGAGGAAUUAUCCAAAGUACCACUUUUCAUGAGUGAAUUACCUGCUGAAGAAAACGAUAGUUUAGCUGCACUUCAAUCACUUGUUUAUGACGGUACACCUGAAGAGGUUGCACAAAAUUUUAGAGAACAAGGCAAUGAUUGUUUUAGAGCGGGUAAAGCUAAAUAUCCCGACGCCAUUGCUUAUUAUACAAAGGCUAUUGAAACGGAAUGUAAAGAUCAAAGUAUUAUUGAAGCCUGUCUAGCCAAUCGUGCUGCCUGUAAUUUAGAAUUAAAAAACUAUGGACGAGUCUUGAAUGAUUGCUCAAAAUGUUUAAAGAUCAAUCCUAAAAAUAUCAAAGCCCUCUAUCGUUCAGCUAAAGCCCUAUUUGCUUUAGAUAAGUUGGUAGAAACAAUUGAUUGUUGCGAUCAUGCAUUAGCUGUUGAUCCUGACAAUAAACCUGUUAAAGAAAUGCGUGAUCGAGCUAUGAAUCGUAAAAAGAUUAUGGAUGAAAAGAAGAGACAACAAGAAGAAAGAGAAGCUCGUGAGCGUCAGAAAAAGGAAAAUCUAGAAAAAGCAUUCAAGGAACGUAAUAUUAAAAUUCAAGUAGAAGAUAAAGAAGUUCGAGAAAAGGCUAACAUUGAAUUAGACGAAGAAACGCAGACUAUUAACUGGCCUGUCUUCUUUUUAUAUCCAGAAUAUAAGGAAAGCGAUUAUAUUCAAUCAUUCAACGAGACACAUACUUUUCAAGAUCAUUUAGAAGUCAUGUUUGAACAGCCAGCACCUUGGGAUUCUAAGCAUGAAUAUACAGUGAAUAACGUCGAAGUUUAUUUCGAAGAUACACGUGGAUUAAAUCCUAAACUUAUUAAAAUUGGUAAAAAACUAUCAUUGGGCAAGAUUUUAUCACUGGAUCAAUAUGUUAUUAAAAAUGGCGUACCUUCAUUUAUCAUUCUUCCAAAGACAACUCAAUCCACCUUUAAACAAGAAUUUAUUGAUAAAUUUAAAAAGCAAUAAAACACGACUACUAUAGAAUAGAUGUUGACUAUAGUAUAAUCAUUAUAAAUAUGCGUGUAUAUAAAUAUUUAUAAUAAAGGAGUCACUUUUGAUCAUCCCUUCAUUUUAUAAAAGCAUUGUGACUUUACAAUAAUUAAUAAAAAGGGGGGGUGCACAUCCACAACCCCUUUCCCCGCUCCCUG